CCCAAAAUGCAUCAAACUAAAACAAUAUGGCUACCUAGUUGUACUUCCUGGGUGAUAUUAUCGUAUUUUUUUGAGGAGGAUAUCAAACUUUGCAAACAUAACAGCUUUGAAGCCCACGUUUAGCGCCUGUUGCGCUGUCGGAGAGAUGGGGGCCAAUGCUUCCCAGCUGGAGAAGGAAAUUGGCUCGGAGCAGUUCCCAACCAAUGAACAUUACUUUGGAUUGGUCAAUUUUGGCAACACGUGUUACUGCAACUCGGUGCUGCAGGCGCUCUACUUCUGCCGGCCGUUUCGAGAGAAAGUGCUGCAGUACAAGCAGCAGGUCAAGAACCAGAAGAAGGAGACGCUUCUCACCUGUCUGGCCGACCUGUUUUACAGCGUUGCCACGCAGAAGAAGAAAGUGGGAACCCUUGCGCCGAAAAAGUUUAUCACGAGGUUACGAAAAGAAAAUGAGCUCUUUGACAACUACUUGCAGCAGGAUGCCCACGAGUUCCUCAACUAUUUGCUCAACACAGUGGCAGAUCUACUCACAGCGGAGAAGAAAGGUGCCCAGAAAGGAACGGAGAACAACGCCAACGCUAAACCAGAUCCGACGUGGGUCCACGACAUAUUUCAGGGAACUUUGACAAAUGAGACGAGAUGUCUUAAUUGUGAAACAGUGAGCAGCAAAGACGAGGACUUCCUGGACCUGAGCGUGGACGUGGAGCAGAACACGUCCAUCACACACUGCCUCAGGGGCUUCAGCAACACGGAGACGCUGUGCUCGGAGCACAAGUACUACUGCGAGGUCUGCUGUAGCAAGCAAGAGGCGCAGAAGAGAAUGCGAGUGAAGAAAUUGCCUCAGAUUUUGGCCCUGCACUUGAAACGCUUCAAGUACAUGGAGCACUUAAACCGCUACAUCAAGGUCUCCUACAGAGUUGUGUUUCCCCUAGAACUACGCCUUUUCAACACGUCUGACGAUGCCUUCAACCCCGAGCGUCUCUACGAUCUAGUGGCUGUGGUGGUGCAUUGUGGGUCUGGACCAAAUCGAGGUCACUACAUCAGCAUCGUGAAAAGCCACGGCUUUUGGCUGCUUUUUGACGAUGAUAUUGUAGAUAAAAUUGAUGCCAGCCAAAUCGAAGAAUUCUAUGGGGUGCCAUCAGACAUGCAGAAAAACUCGUCAGAAUCUGGAUACAUUUUGUUUUAUCAGUCCCGGGAGUAACCCAAGAGUUUGUACUGCCGGUUUAUUUAUUUAUUUUUUUGUUUUACGAGAAUGUUUUUGUUCCAAGCGCAGAGGCAGAAAAACCACGAGGCAUAAUGUGAGGGGGUGGGGGGGGGGGGACGACGCAAAAGGGUGGUGGAUCGCCUGCCGCACAAAAGAGAUUUCGCGGUCUGUUGUGGAGGCGGCUCAUCAUAUUGUACCGCCCCGCUCUCGCUUUUCGCUUCUUCGCUCUGUACCUAUUCACCUUUUUUUUGGGGGGGGGGGGGGAGGUCGGGGGGGUUGUUGUUUUGUUUUUGUUUUGUGCUUGGGGGCCAUUUUUUCUUGAACCUUAAUUGUAUGUAGGUCCGACCAACAUUUUUUCUUUCGUUCAGGUUUGUGUGUCCAAAUAAGACUAAAAACUUGAGAGCUUUUCAUUUUAGAUGUGUUUCUGUUGAACGCUUGGUAUGCAACAUGGAUAUUGUUGAUGAUUAUUUAACAAGUACAGAAGAAGUCAGUAUUUCAGUUACCCAUGAUCAAUCUUCAUUCUCCCUAUAAGCAAGUUUACACAGAUGGAAAACCCUUGUCCUAUUAUAUGAACCUGAUAUAAGUUAUACGGUUUACUAGCUCCUAUUAAAAACAUGGUAUGAUGGAAGUGAUACUCUUACUUUACCUUUACGAUUCAGCGGCCAUUUGAGUUCUAGCCCUUCCUGCCUGUGGAUAUGGCAAAGAGUUGUGUAAGUGAUAAGACUGUCACUUAAUAUUGCUAUAGCUUUUCCACUGUGGUGGUAUGAUUAUAAUAAUGAAAAACAGAUUUUUUCUUAAAAAUCGGGGGUGAAUCCAGGCGGAAAAAAACUGUCUGGAAUGCAUCCGCAUUUUUCUCUUCCUUUUUAUAAUUGUUGGAACAGUACCAAUUUGACUCCAUAUAUACAAGGACUGAAGAAUGCGUACCUACAACUACUUUCCCUAUUUCUACAAUUUUUUUUACAUUGCACAAAUUUCACCCAGUGCGAAGAAGGCACCACUUGUGUAUGUCCGAGACGUCAUGGUUCCCCCCCCCCCCCCCCCCCCAUAAAAUAGUAAUCCCCCUUUUUGAAUAUGGAAUGACCUAGGUUGACCCUAUUUUUCUUGUUUCUCUUUGAAUUGCUAUUUGUACUGACCUUAAUCUGAUACCUGUAUACAAAGUUUUGGCCCCUUCAAGUUAAUCGUAAGCCGACCCCAUUGUGCGAGCUACUCCAAAGGGGUCGCGGGUUCACUCCUUUUUUUUGUGUGUCUCUCUCUCUCUCUCUCUCUCUCUCUCUCUCCCUCCCUCCCUCCUUCCCUACCUAUCCUUCCUCCUUCCUUCCUCCUUCCCCCUGGCCAGUGACCUCUUACACCAUGUUUCAUUCUCUGGCUGUUUGUUUUGUUCUAUUCAGAGAGUUGUGUGGGAUUUUUGUGCCUCGAGGACCACCACGAAACACUUGUGGAAUUUAUUCUCUUUACAAUAGGGGGGGGGGGGGGGGGGAAUCUAACAACAGUCUAGAAAAUGCCCUCUAGUUGUGAAAUGUUUUACGGUACGUCUCCAUCGACACAAUUUAGAUCUUAUUGGAGGCUGGCUUCUUGGUUGGUCCUGUCUGCCGAGAAACCAUCAGCCCCAGCUGGAUGGGAUCUUGUAUCCCAGCAGAGAGACACGAGAUACUCGAUAAAGUAUCAGUACACUUCCCCGUGGAGGGGGAGGGGGGACAGAUUCAAAUUGGUGUCUUCUGCACGCAAGAGCAAAAGCUCGACCUAUUUGUCGCGUACGUCGCUGUUAAAAUGUCCUCAGCCCCUGGAAAUAUAAAAAUUCUGUCUCCGUCUGUCUUGUCCCGGAGCUUCUUUUGCUGUUUCUGCCUGUAUUAUGUUUUACAUGAUGUAUUUGAAUUUCUUUUGGGGUUUUUUUGUGUCUUGGUUUUCUUUUUUCUUUUUAAAAAAAAUUACUUAAUCCUGACGGGUAGCCUUCUGAAGCUCCCGCUAGAUUCAAGAACUUAUGACCCUGUGACCUUGAUCCUGUUGGCGGAGAGGUACCAGAUUGUGGUUAUGCAGAAACGAGUGCAAUGGUAUAAAUAUGUUUUUCUGGUUUUUUUGUUUUGUUUCAUUGGGGGAGUUGUUUGUUCAUUUUUUUUUUUUCAUUUUUGUAUCAGUUUGUUCAAGGAUUUUGCUUGAUGAUUACAAGAUGGAAUCUACUAUUGAUGUGACUUAAAGAGAAAAUUGUUUGUUGCUGUGUUGAGUGAGGGAUUAUUGCAACCAGAGAUAUAUAUAAUAAUAUGAGUUGAUGUUUGUGUGAAGAUUGAGACUGUUUGCACAUGUUGGACAGUCUUGAUUUUGGGGGAUUUUUUUUUUUAGGUGGUGGAGGUGUGUUUUUUGUUGUGAAUUUUUUCGUGUGAGAUAGUGAAACAUAUUGUAGAUUGACGAGGAUCAUUUGAUUCAUUAGAUUACUGAAUAAUAACAAGUUUGGAUUGUUGAUUUUUUACCCAUUUUUGCGCAUUGAGCAUUUUAGGUAGGCCUUGUACUUUAGAAGAAAAAUCUCAGAGUGAAUGUUCCUAAUCUAACUCCACGGGCAUUUGUUUUGAUCUCGUCUUGUGACUGCUAUCUCAGUUUUUUGUUUUUUGUUGUUUUUUUCUCUCUUCCCUCGAGAUGUGUUCAUUUGUGGUGUGUUAAAAUAGGCCUGAAGGAGGCGGCCGAACCAGUCUCGACUUUUGGCUCCCUCGCCUAACCAGUCUCGACUUUUGGCUCCUUCGCCUAACCAGUCUCGACUUUUGGCUCCCUCGCCUAACCAGUCUCGACUUUUGGCUCCUUCGCCUAACCAGUCUCGACUUUUGGCUCCCUCGCCUGACCAGUCUUGACUUUUGGCUCCCUCGCUGCUAGGAUGUUGUAAUAAGAUUCGCACACACUGGUUCUAGUAACCAUAAUGUUGAGGGGUCCAGUAGACUGUUGUUUGUUGACUCUAUGGAUACCGUGUGUUUAUGCCUUUCUCGGAUGCUUUGCUUGAUGACAUAAUCUGUUCUUAACCUUACACGAAGCAUUUGAGAGCUUGUUGAAUACUUUUUUUUUGUUUUCAUAAUCUGACCA